AAACAAAGUUGUUUAUUUUAGUUACAAGUUGCUUUUGCAUCUGGUUUGCUGAAAUCCGGAUUAGUUCGACCUAUCACUGCACCACCACCAGUUAUAAACAAUGAGGCUGGUUUACUUCAAAAAUUAGAUGACAUAGCGCCUUUGGAUCUGGACUGGGUUGAGCGCUUGGAUGUUUCAGUUGGAUGCAAUGUACAAGUAAAGGUGGAAAAUGAGAAAGAUGGGGCAGACGAUAAAACGGAUGUACACAAUGAUUUUCGACGAGAAGUAUGUUUCUAUGAACAAGCACAGUCCUCUGUAAUUAUAGCAAUGAGGAAACUUAGUGAUGCUGGUGUUGAGACAAAUCGACCGAAUGAUUAUUUUGCUGAGAUGGCAAAAAAAGAUGACCACAUGAAAAAAGUUGGCGAUAAGUUGUUGGCAUUAAAGAAUCGACAGGAGAUGACAGAAAGAAAUCGCAACAACUUUAAGCUACGCAAAUAUGGUAAACAAGUACAGAGGGCAGUUACCCUUGAAAGGCAAAUGAAGAAAAAAGAAACGCUUAACUCAAUUAAAAAAUACAGAAAAGGAAAAACAACAAAUCCUGAUUUUCUUGAUGAAACUUCUAAAGAAAACGGACCACAUGGGAAAAAAGUUUCACAAUUUCAGAAAUUACAAAAACAGAAUGUAAAGAGAAACUAUCGUGAUCAAAAAUAUGGUUUUGGUGGAAAGAAAAAGGGACAAAAACGAAAUACUAAUGAGAGUUCAAACAAUGUAUCAGGGUUUAAAAAAAAUGUACAUGGUGCCAAGAAAAAGAAUGUGCGGCCCGGAAAGACCAGAAGAACAAAACUGAAAUCAAAGAGAUAGACAACUAAUUUUUAUGUAUUCGUUUAUUCAAUUUACCACAGUCCUGUGUUAUUGUACCUAUCUUGAUGUUAUGAAACAAACAAACAGUUACUUUUCUUUGUAAUGCAAAUUGCGCAUCAUCAUUGGUCCAUUAAAAAAUUGAUCAGAAAAAAUA